CAUUGGCUGCUUGGAGCAAUGCUGAAACUGCUGAACUUGAUUCUACCCGAAAAGAAUCACCUUCCUCUAAUGUCAACGAUGAAGUAGAUAAAAUGAUUGAAUUUCUCAAGAAGGAGAGAGAGCUACUGAAACAGGCACUAAAAGAAUUUGGCAGCAAAGUUCAUGAUAAACUGUUUGCCAUGUUCCCUGAGCUGCAAAAACAAUUUGAAGAAAUUGAACGUGAGGCUCACAUAGUUCACGAAUGUUACAGCCAAGAGAUUGACCACCAGUCAAACAACUCGGUUAAUAUUUUUGAGCACAAAAUUCACACAGUGGUGUCCAAGUACUUUAGCCAAGAAGAAAUCGAGGCAAAGUUUGUCAACAAGAAGCUCGCCGAAGAACUGAGUAGCAGCAAUGGCGCCGUAAGGCUAGGCGAUAGCAAUCCGAACAGCAUUUACUGCAAUAAGAAUAAGACCGCCCUUGACCCGGAAACACUUCCCAAUGCCCUUGAAUCACAGUACAUGAUUCGAGCUCAAACCAAACUUCCGGUCCAAUUUUCCAUUCAACGGACGCUGGACUGCGUUGAGCACGGCUGUCACGGCGGUCUGCCGGCGAAGGUGAACGACUUCUUCCGGAACAAGGGCGCCUCGCUGGCGGGCUACGACCGCUACAAUGCCUCCUCCAACCAGACCUUUUGCCGGAAGUACCCCAGCGCCAUCUACGUGGACGUCACCUGCGAGUUUCACCUGCCAACGGAGGAGGAGGUGCUGCGGCUGCUGGUGCGCUCCGGGCCAAUGACGGUGCUCAUAAAUGCGUCGCCGGAUAUCUACCACGUCAAGGACAGUCCCUUCCACGGGACAUGCAAACCAAAGCUCGAUCAUGCGGUGUUGCUGG